CGCCAUUUCCCGUAUCUUUGGUGCGUCAUUAUCUUGUCUAGCCACCAUUGUGUGUCAUUGUGCUUUUACUAAUGCUUUGAGUACCAUCGAUUUAUAUCGUUACGAGCGUUGCGUGUCGGGUGUGCUCGACGAAAUCUCCUCGGGUUGUAUUUAUUUCGUAUAAAGUGUACCAACAAGGAAUCAACCAUGCUAGGCCUAAGAUAUUUGUCACUGGCCCUUCUAUUUUUAGCCAGUGCAGUGCCUACUAAGGCCCAAGAUGCAGUGCCCGACACGGCGGCGCAGUCCGAAGGCGUCGUCCCCAAAACCGUGACGGUCCUUGCGCCGACCAUGUUCAAGCUCGGCCAUGCGAUCUCACUCAACUGCAGCAGCGAUGUGGCAGCCGACAAAGUUAUCUGGAAGAAAAACGGCACUGAAGUUGAGAAGCUGUCGGAUCUGGCUGGCAGGCAUGAGUUAAAAGGCUUGACAUUCGAGAUAGCGCACGCCAAAGAGGAUGACUUCGGUAACUACACGUGCGCAGAGCGCGGCGUGUCCGGUGUCGCGGGCGAGUGGCAGCUGCUUGCGCGUGCGCACGCCAAGCUGCCCACCGACACCAACGUCGUCGAGGGACAGAAGCUCAAGCUCCAGUGCAAGUUGAUCGGCAAGCCGUACCCGCCGGUGACGUGGACUUUCACCAAUCAGACCGACGGCAGCAACGCGACGGAGGUGACUGCGCUGCUUGGCUCGCGUGUGCUGCUGCAGCGCAGCGAGCAGGGUGUCGAGUUCGGCGAGCUGGUCGUGGAGGCUGCAGAGCGCGGAGACGCGGGCAUUUACACGUGCACCCCUCAGGAUGGAGUGCCCGCCUCCACGAGGCUGCGUGUGAAGGACAUGUACGCGGCGCUGUGGCCUUUCCUCGGAAUCUGUGUUGAGGUGUUCGUGCUUUGCGCGAUUAUACUCGUGUACGAGAAGCGUCGCACCAAGCCCGAGCAGGACGACUCCGACACCGACAACCACGACCAGAAGAAGUCGUAAGCUGCGCGGGCGCCGGCUCCCUCGGCGCGCUCCACUCUUGCGCCGCCACCGUUAUGUUCAUAACCAUACUUUCAUCUUUAGAAAGAAGGCUAUUAUCCGAUCUAUGGCGAAAUUUACAAACAUGUAGCGUAUAGCCAGUUUUUUAUGCAGUACAAAUAUUCAAGUACACUGAAGUACUUAUAAAAUCGAAGAAGGUGGAUUGUCAGGGAGAUUUCUCGGGACCCUAUGUCUACUCCUUCCCUAUUCGUUUCGUCAGGCUCAACACAGGCCCAAAUUACAUUAUAUUAUUUCCGUCAAGACGGCCGGGAGGGAUGGUAUCCUGUGGCUCAUUGCGAAGAUUAAAAAUUUCUUCAUGACAAGGCGUCGUUAGUAUUCGAAGAAAAGGUCUGCUACAACAAUGUGGCCAAGAAGAUUUCUCACGUUAUCUGAUAAUUUAAUUUAUAACAUGAUAAACAUGUUUUGUGAAUUAUUUUUUGCAAUAUCUAUAUGGUCGUUGAGUUGGAAUGAAGGACAUCAUAGCCAGUGUAAUUAAUAAUCUUAACAUCUGAUGGCCCAAGGUAACGAAGUAUAUUGCUAAUAUAGAUUUCUUGUUACUACUUUGUGUAGUUAUUGCUUUCCACCAGUCAUUCGUCUCGCCAAUCUAACAUUGAGUUCUUUGAUCGGAUAAAGCCUAAUGACUUAAUACCCAUGUAAGGAAAGAAACAUAGAUUUCUAACUUAACAUUAAGUAAAAAAUACAACUGUAAAGUCGAUUAUAUACCGCAGAUAUUACUAAGAGUAUGGAAACUUAAUAAACUAACAUAAAAAACAUUAGAAUAGUUAGAAACAUUGUUAUUGUUUUAUUUUAUAUACAUAUAUUUAUAUAAGAUUGUUUUAAAUGUUAUUAAAUGCUGAUGUCAAAAAGAUAUGUGGCCGAUGUAAAUAUUUCAGUGUGUCACAAAACGUUAAAAUUUCUAUCGGUUUAGUGCAUUUAAACGGGCAAUCUUGACGGGCCGGCAUAAUUCCAGCGACCGUCCAGGCCAAUGUGUUCUCGCUCGAGUUAUGAUUGCUUAGUGCUAUUCUAUGUUAUAGGCAUUGGUUAUAAAGAUCUAAAAAUUACUCAUUGGGUAGUUAUCGCUUAGAUAAAUAGUGAAAGGCCGGUAACUGCGUGGGCUUUAACUUUUUCGGCCACAACCGUGGUGCGUUACCUUCGAGUAAUCCGAAUUUUUCAGUCUUACUUUUCACUCUUCCCCCUAAUCCCGUCCGCGGUGAUGGCCGUGUCUUGCUAGCACAUAAUAUUGGUUGUCUCGUAUUUAUUUUUAAAAAUAAUCUUUUAAUAAUUAAUUUGACCUGUCAUUGGCGUCUUUUACGCGUGAGUGAUUAAUAAAUAUUAUUCUUUUUUAUUAUUUUUAUUGUUUUUGCACGUAGUCCGAAUAAAGUGCAUAUUGAUAAAAUUGAGCUGUUUUUACUGUUUGUCUACAAUUUAAAAGACAGAGGAGCGGGCAGCGGAGGCUUGCGAUCGACGCUGCUUGGCAUUCGAAUUGUACUAAAUAAAUCAUUCUAGUUA